AUGUCCAUCACCCUCGUCUCCAACUCUUACCUCGAGGAGAACUCAGCCAAGAUACGCGCAAAGCCCGUUCCGUGGGAGGCCUACCAGCGCGCCGGAUACAUCGUCCCUGAGGAGCUCGCUCUCAUCAAGAAGGUCGACCGCCAAACCAAGGCCAAGAUUGAGUCACUGCACGCUGCCGAUGGUCAAACGUACUCUCUUCUCUACCUCCGUCUGCUCAAGAAGCUGCAACGGAUUGAUACCCAGUCAUGUGUUCUAGUGCUGAUCGCGGAUGCUCUCACUGACCAUGAAGAACGGAUACCCUGGUUCACAACCGCUUCCCAGUCCGACCCAGAGCUUCCGUACGGACCCCUACUUCGUAUUUUGGAAUCUCAGGACGAUUUUGUGCAGCUCAAGGGCGCCCAGAUCCUGACUGUGCUCCUCAGCUCGGAAAAGUCCUCUUUGCAAUCCCAGCAGCUUACACCAUACCUCCACACGCUCAGUGCAUUUGUUGCCAACACCUCUCCCCACAAGAGAGACGUUGCCGUGCAAUGCCUGGAAGCUGUCCUACCGCGUCCAGAAUGCCGCAAAGCCGUGUGGGCGAAUAUAUCGCUGGUCAUGGGUCUUGUGGACAUCUUGAAGCAUAAUCCGUCACCACAGAUGUGUUACCAAGUAGGGUUCUGCUUUUGGCUUCUCAGCUUUGAGCAGGAUGUCGCGGAGCAGAUCCAGCAGAAGUUCGACAUCAUUCCCCUUCUCGUCGAUGUCGCCCAAGGUGCUGCCAAAGAGAAAGUAAUCCGUGUCAUCGUUUCCACCUUCCGGAACUUGAUCACGAAGGCACCACAGGCCAACUUACCUGCUAUGCUUGUCGCUCAGCUCCUUCCUUUCACGAAGAACCUGUCGACAAGAAAAUGGACAGAUGAAGACAUCCUCGAAGACAUUCAAUUCCUGCGCGACGAAUUGAGUACUCGCUUCGAGAGUCUGACAACCUACGACGAAUACCGUUCGGAGCUUGUGUCAGGGCAUUUGUCUUGGACUCCAGUCCAUGAGUCCGAACUCUUCUGGAAGGAGAACGCCACAAAGUUGAACGAAAAGGACUAUGAGCUGCUCAAGGUUCUGAUCAAGCUGCUCAACGACUCGGAGGAUGCCUUAGUGCUCGCUGUUGCAUCCCAUGACCUGGGGCAGUAUGUGAAGCAUUACGAGCGAGGGAAGAAGGUCAUCACCAACAUGGGUGCCAAGACCCGUGUCAUGGAACUCAUGUCUCAUGCAAGCGCCGACGUACGAUACCAGGCCUUGCUGUCGGUGCAGCGGCUCGUGAGCCAGCCAUGGGCCGCGGUGUAA